CUGGACUAAUAAGCUGAACUGCAAUGCCCUGCAGUAAGGAUGAACUCAUGACACUGAAAGGAAACAUUUGGGGAAAGGAGCUCGAUACUUGUGUGCAUCGCUGUACUAAACCAUGGAUCCCAAGCUGGACCUCUGUGUCUGGAUCAUGCUGAUCCUCUCUCUGGUUCUACAUGAACUUUGUGCAGAGGGGACAACUGAUGUUGACGCAAGCUCUUCUGAUACAGAUUCUCUCUGCACAGCACCAGAUACACCAGAUCCACCAGAUCCAUCCUCGGAGACUAUAUCAGUGAAUGAAUCUGGGAUUCAUUUAGUUACAACAACUGCAACCAUCAUAACAGAGAAUUCUAUUGCAAAGCCAUCACCUAAAAACUCCUUGUCAGAAUCUGUGCCAAUGUCCCAGCCUAUCACCAAAACACCUACUGAAAAGUCUGAAAUUGCAUUUCCCACGACAGAUGUUUAUACUCUCAGUUCCACUGAUGCAGUAACACUUGGAUCUACUAUGAGGGAACGUACAGAGCUCCCCACCGGUGAUGCACCUUCUACAACUGCUAAAACUACACUUUCAACCACAGAACUUUUUACUUAUGACUCAACAUCAAAAGCAAUUUCUGUAGUUGUAGAAAAUGCAACUAAUACAAUAGAAACACCAGAAUCCUCAACAGCAACCUCAACUGUUACACGCCAAACAACUGACCUUGGGACUAAACCUCCUACAAGUAAUGAAAAGUAUACUUAUACGAUUGAUUCAGCAAUGACUUCAACAUCAGAGUCUUCUACAGCAGAUACCAAUGACUUUAGCACCAAAGCACCUUCAACAGUUGAAUUUCCCACAAAAAUCCUUUCUAAAACUAAUGACCUUGAAGAUUUUACUACAGAACCUCACACAAUGGAAACAGUUAAUGCCUCAGAAUCUGCUACAGGAGGAACAACUGAACUUACCACUGAAGCACUUUCUCCAACUACUGAAGCUGAAGGUGCAACAACAAAGCCUUAUACAAUAGAAUCAACAGAUGUCUCAAUUUCAAAAUUUGCUACUGCAGAAACAAUUAAUUAUUCUACUAAAUUACAUUCUUACGCAGUAGAAACAAUUGGUCCCUCAACUCCAGAUUUUACUACAGAGGUAACAACUGAGCUUCCCAAACCUUCUACAAAGGCAUUAUCUACAUUUACUACUGAAGUAAAAACUGCUCAAACAAAGUAUUUUACUACAGAUGCUUAUACAAUGGAACCAGCUAAACAUUUCACUACAGAACAUUAUACACAGGAAUCAAAUAUUGCUGCAACAUCAAAAUUUUAUACAACAGACUCAACUGAACUUACAUCUGAAGCACAUUCCCCAACUGAUGUUACAACUGCAAAACCUUAUACAAUGGAAUCAACUAAUGCCUCAACAUCAGAAUCUACUACUAAGGAAAUUGCCACAUCAAUGCCCGCAGAACCUGUCUUCUCUACUUCAGAACCUUACACAUUGCAAACUGUUGCCUUAAUAUCAGGGUCUCCUACAACAACUGGGGUUCUCUUAGAAGAACUUUCUACAAAAGUAGAACCUGAGUUUUCUACUGCAGAACCUAACACAAUGCAAACAACUGCAGUAUCAACAUCAGAAUCUGCUACAACAGAAACAACUGAGUUUAUCACCGAAUCAACUGGUAAAACUACAAUUCAUACUACAGAAACAUAUACAAUAAAACCAAGUGAUGCUUCAACCUCAGAAUCUGCUACUGUGCAAACAACUGUGUUUUUGACUGAAGAACAUUCUCUUACUACGGAACCUUAUAGAAUGGGAUCAACUAAUGCCUUAACAUCAGUAUCUUACACAAUCCAAACUGCUACUGUCCAAACAACCAAGUUUCCCAGAGAAGAACCUUCUACUACUACAGAAGCUGACUUUUCUCCUGCACAACCUUACACAACUGAUUCAACAUCAGAAUCAACAACAGAGAAAAUUGCCACAUCAAUGCCCGCAGAACCUGUCUUCUCUACUUCAGAACCUUACACAUUGCAAUCAACUGCUGCCUUAACAUCAUUGUCUCCUACAACAACUGGGGUUCUCUUAGAAGAACCUUCUACAAAAGUAGAACCUGAGUUUUCUACUGCAGAACCUUACCCAAUGCAAACAACUGCAGUUUUAACAUCAGAAUCUGCCACAACAGAAACAAAUGAGUUUAUAACUGAAUCAACUGGUAAAACUACAAUUCAUACUACAGAGACAUAUACAAUAAAACCAAGUGAUGCUUCAACCUCAGAAUCUGCUACUGUGCAAACAACUGUGUUUUUGACUGAAGAACAUUCUCUUACUACGGAACCUUAUAGAAUGGGAUCAACUAAUGCCUUAACAUCAGUAUCUUACACAAUGCAAACUGCUUCUGUCCAAACAACCAAGUUUCCCAUAGAAGAACCUUCUAGUACCACAGAAGCUGAUGACUUUUCUCCUGCACAACCUUACACAACUGACUCAACAUCAGAAUCUACAACAGAGGAAACAACAUCAUCAACUACUGUAGAGGAAACAGAGUAUUCGACAGAACAAUCUUCUUUAACAAUUGAAUAUUUGACUGAAGAACAUUCUGUUACUGCAGAACGUUAUACAAUGGAAACAAGUGAUACCUUAACAUCACAAUCUGCAACAAUGCAAAUGAAUAAACUACCCACAGACUUUUCUACUGUAGAUCCUGCUACAAUGAAAUCCCAUGAAGCUUCAACCUCAGAAUCUGCCACUGUAGAAGCAGCAAAGUCUUUGACUGAAACUCCAUCUAUUAAUACUACAAAAGAAAUUGAAAUUUCUACUGCAGAACUUUACACAGCACAAUCAAAUGACUCAACACCAGAACCUACUACAGAGGAAACAACUGAAAAAUUGACUGAAGACAUCACUGUAACUACUGAUCUUUUUAUAACACAACCUCAUACAAUGUACACAACCGAUACCAAAACAUCAAAACCCGCUCCUGUGGAAAUCACAUUUACUACUGAAUUUUAUACUAGAGAAUACUACACGAGGGAACCAACUGAUAUUUUAACCUCAGAAUCUGUUAAUGUCCAAACAAUUAAGUUUUUCACUGAAGAACCUUCAGAACAUUAUACUAAUUUGACUGAACAAUCUUCUACACCUACUGAUACUUUCACCACAGAACUUUAUACAAUGGAAAAAUCCUCAAAAUCUCCUGUUGUGGAAACGACUGAGAUUUUAACCAAAGAACCUUCUGUUACUACUGAACUUUUUACUACAGAACUUCAUACAAUGGAAACAGCAUCAGAAUCACCUAGUAUUCAAACAACCAAUAGAUUCAACAAAGAACCUAGUACUACUAAAUGGUUUACUACAGAACUUUAUUCAAUGGAAACAACUUCAGAAUUUUCUACUGUGGAAAAAACCAGGACUUUUACUGAAGAACCUCCUGUUACUACUGAAUUUUUCACUACAGAACUUUAUUCAGUAGAAACAGCAUCAGAAUCACCUACUGUGGAAACAACCAAGACUUCAACUGAAGAACAUUUUGUUACUACUGAACAUUACACUACAGAACUUUAUAUCAUGGAAACAGCCUCAGAAUCUCCUACUGUGGAAACAACUAAGAGUUUGACUGAAGAACCAACUGUUACUACUGAACUUUCUACUACAAAACUUCAUACUAUGGAAACAGCCUCAGAGUCUCCCACUGUGGAAACAACAAAGACGUUAACUGAAGAACAUUUUGUUACUACUGAACUUUACACUACAGAACAUCUUACCAUGAAAACAGCCUCAGAAUCUCCAACUGUGGAAACAACUAAGAGUUUGACUGAAGAACCAACUGUUAAUACUGGACUUUUUACUACAGUACAUUAUACAAUGGAAACAGCCUCAGAAUCACUUACUGUUGAAACAACCAAGACUUUGUCUAAAGAACCUUCUACUAUGAAAACAGCUGAAAAUCUGACCAAAGAACCAUCUGCUGCUACUGAACUUUCUACUACAGAACUUCAUACUAUGGAAAAAGCCUCAGAAUCUCCUACUGUGGAAACAACAAAGACGUUAACUGAAGAACAUUUUAUUACUACUGAACUUUACAUUACAGAACAUCAUACCAUGAAAACAGCCUCAGAAUCUCCUACUGUGGAAACAACUAAGAGUUUGACUGAAGAACCAACUGUUACUACUGAACUUUAUACUACAGAACUUCAUACUAUGGAAACAGCCUCAGAGUCUCCUACUGUGGAAACAACAAAGACGUUAACUGAAGAACAUUUUAUUACUACUGAACUUUACAUUACAGAACAUCAUACCAUGAAAACAGCCUCAGAAUCUCCUACUGUGGAAACAACUAAGAGUUUGACUGAAGAACCAUCUGUUACUACUGAACUUUCUACUACAGAACUUUAUACAAUGAAAACUGCCUCAGAACCUCUUACCGUGGAAACAACUAAGAAUUUGACUGCAGAACACGUUUUUACAACAGAACUUAAAUCUACUUUAAUACAAUCUACUACUAUUGCAACAACUGAGACUCCCACUUCCAUACCAGCAACUGCAUCACAACCUGCAACUGUGAUAAAAACAGAUCUCAUUACCACACCAGUAACAACAAUAGUAUCUACCAGUAGCACUUCACAAUUACAUCCCACAACACUGGCAACUACUACAAAACAAACAACAAUAUUAUCAACAAAUGCCAUUGCAACAUUAGAGCCCACAACAAUUGCUACUACUACAAAUCUAACAACUGAAACUACAAUGUCAUCUACCAUAUCAACAACUAAAGAUACUUCAGUAAAUCCUACGAUUAUAUCAACAACUGAGAUUUCCAAUUCCACACCUUCAACUACAUCAAAACCUGUAGCACUGACAAAAGCAGAACCCUUCUCCACAACCAAAACAACAUUAGUAUCUACUAAUGGAUCUACAAAAUCACUAUCCACAACAGUGGCAACUACAACAAAACCAAUAACAAUAUCAUCUACCAAUGCCACUACAACAUUACAGCCCACAACAAGUGCUAUUACAAAUACAACAACUGCAAUGGAAACUACACUGACUUUAACCAUAGGAACCACAACCAUGAUGGCACCUACCAUGAGACCAUCAGAAAGUACUAUGAUAACUACUGUUGUAUCCAACAAAUCUACACAGGAGACCCUAACCAGCCAGAAACCCACUACAAAUACAAAAACCAUCCUUACCACAGCAGCAUCAUCAAACAUACCAAAGAAUGCUGCUCUGCUAAGAUUUAGGAGCUCUGUUCCUCUAACCUCUGCUGCUGCAAUGGACGCACUUGUGCAAAAGAUUUGUUCCACGUUUCUGCCCAAAUACAAGAGAAGUGACAUUACAUUGACUUGGGGUUCGGGCAGCAACACAGUGAAUUGUGAAUCUCUGAUAAACUCAACGACUGCGACCCAAUGAAUUCUGACCCGGGUUCUUCUUUGAUGAAGAGCUACAGAAUAAUGACAUCAUUAAAUGGGUGGUUCACCUUUAAGUUUUUGCUCACAUUUUUCUGUUUUUUUUCCAAAUCGCUUACAUUUUUCUAGCUUUUUUUGAACUCGCU